UCCUUUGAAAACGUGUUGCAGUCCAACACAUGCAUUUCCAUGUGAUUUGGGGUCAGCCCACGGUCAGCUGGCUGCAAAUACCUGAACAAGUGCCGAGUGCCACAUCUUCGCGUCUCCUCCUUUCACGGCGUAAUACUUAGCGAAAGAGACCACCAUUAUGCCUGAUCCCUGCAACUGUGCACAGAGCGGAACGUGCUCCUGCGGCGGGCCGUGCCAGUGCGGCGAUGACUGCCAGUGUGGUGACGGCUGUAAGUGUGUCGGCUGCAAACUUCACAGCAAUGUCACUGACAUUGUCACCUGCUGUGUUGACUGCAAGGGGAUAGGGAAGAAUUGUGCCUGUGGCUGCUCGUGUUGUCAGCCUGAUACUCCGGCGGUGGCCAUUCUGACAACGCCUCCAGCGGCUCACCUGUAAAUUGCAGAUCGUCAAGCUCUAUACAACAUGGCGGUGAUAUCGAAUGACAUUGAAUUAAUUGUUUGCAUCCAGUCGUCAGUUCUUUAGAUUGAAAGUGCUCAUGUCACGUCACAUGAUAUGUUUAGAUUAGUUCUAAGACGCUCACAUUAAAAUUGAAAGUUUUACAUCUGCCUUGUCCUAAUAAAUGUGUCAUCAGGUUGUAUAGAAUAGAACUUAAUUGCGCGACAAUUGUAACAGGUACAAUGUAUGGCAAUCUGACUAUACAUGGGAGUAUUGAUAACCAAAUUUCCGCCAUGUUUUCUUUACAUAUUUCAUUGGCGUCUUAACAAACAUGACGUUUAAAUAAUUCAACAUAAAAAGAAGUCACAUUUAGCGCAUACGCACAUAGCGGUCGAAAAAUAA